AUGGCAGCAUGUGCUGCAACCGGCCUGGCGCAUGUACCACCCCCACCAGCAUUGCCUCUCUUUCCACCGAUCCCAGGCCUAUUGCCACCAGGGAUCCCAGGGUCGCCACUGCCAGGGAACCCGGAUGACAUAGCAAAGUGUUGGUCUUCACUUCAGAACGUUCCAGGGUGUGCAUGGGAAAUUUAUACCUCAAUCUCUACUGGUAAAUUUGUAGUAGGCCCUGCAUGUUGCAAGGCCUUCCAAGCAAUUGACCAGAAUUGCUUGCUGAAAAUGUUCCCGUUCUUUCCUUCAUUUCCUCCAUUGAUCAACAGCAACUGUGCAAAUGCUGCAGCUCCAAAAGCAGGUGGGUCAAAGCAGUAA